AUGUCAGUAUCAAUGAAUUUUUACAGUAUUUUCCUAUUGAUUAUCUGCGUCGUUUUCGUGGUCCAAGCUUGCCCAUCGCAAACAGGACCGAGAGGACCAGAUGGAAAGGAUGGAAAUAAAGGAAUGAAAGGACCGACGGGACCGAUAGGUCCUCGAGGAAGGACGGGACCGGUUGGAAAGCAAGGAGAGGAUGGGCCGAGAGGUAAUCCUGGAGCUCGGGGUCCUACUGGACCGCAAGGUGAACAAGGACCGAUGGGAGCGAAAGGACCACAAGGAGCCAUG